UGCGACGUCUGGUGGCCAUUCCGUGCUCGAGCUGAAAGGGGGAGAGAAACGUCGCGCUCCAAGCAGACGCUAAAUCGAAAGAAGUGCCGCACGUUGCCGACUACAGCCGUCAUCCACGUGUCUAUCGUGCGUCUUUAUUCGUAAGUGGUUAGAUUUUUAAAGCGUCGGACGAAUUUUAACCGUUUUGAGGGACUAAAAUCGUUCGAUCGAGCGUCAGAGCGGUAGAAGCAAAAUGGCGACCGCUUCACCGAACACGGCCGCCAACUCUACGCGUAGGAAGGGCGGGAAGCGUCCGCCGACCGAUCCGACCAACGGUCCUUCGGCGCCGUCCGUCAACGAAGCAAGCGGAUCGACGGCCAAGAAAGCCAAGACCGAAACGUCGACGGCGCAGAAGAAUCGGGCGAAGAAAGAAGGAGAAGCUAUAUCAACAACAAUUAAAAUUGAAAAGAAAAACAAAGAAUCAGGAGCAUCUGGAGAUGAGCAGCAAGACAAAGAGAAUCAUGAUAAUAGACAGAUUUUAGCAUUUGGAUGGACAUCAGAAGAAUUGUCUCAAUUAAUUUCAAAUCUUACAAUUUGUUUACCCAAAUAUGACAAUGUUAAAUACAGCACAUUAAUUGAAAAAUUAGAUUGGGAAAAAGUUCGGUUUGGCAAUUAUUCUGCAUCGGAAUGCAAAGAAAAAUGGAUGCAAAUUAUGACAAAAUUACGUCGAUUUCGUACCCUGACAGAUAUGAUAACAGAUGCAAAAGAAUGGUUAAAACACCCGUGGUCAUCUUACUGCAGUUCAAAAAAACAAAAACAUCCAGAAAUGCCGAAGAAGCCAUUGACUCCUUAUUUCCGUUAUUUCUUGGAAAAACGUCAGAAAUAUAGUCGAGAACAUCCCGACAUGUCCAUGACGGAGCUGGCUAAAGUUCUUUCUAAAAAAUAUCAACAGCUUCCAGAAAAAAAGAAGCAAAAAUACAAAGAAAACUAUGAAAAAGAAAAUGAAGUGUAUAAGCAAGAACUAGAAAAGUUUAAGAGAGAACAUCCUGAUCAAUUUCCACAAGCAGAAUCUAAACAUCAUCCACAACAUGAAGGUCCUUACAAACCACAUACACCCUUUCAACUUUUUAUGGCAGAGAAAAUGAAGAAAGCUGAAUUUGCUGAGACUGAACUUGGUGAAUAUUCUCAAAGUCAUCCAAGCUUCAAACCUGAUACAAUUAGAUCCGUCCUAAGUAAAGCUGAAAAAGAAUUAAAGGAUCGUUUCGAUGGAAAACCAGACCGACCUCCAAAUUUAUUGGAAACUUUCAUGUUGACAAAGCAGAGACCAAAUAAGAAAGAAACCGAGUCUGAAAGUUCAGAUGAUUCAUCUGGUGACGACGAUGACGAAGAAGAAGGCUCAGAAAAAUCUGGAGAGGAUGAAGAAUCCGGUUCAGGAUCAGAUGAUUCUGGAAGUGAUUCAGAUGAUGACGAUGAUGAUAAUGAGGAUUCAGAUGAAGAGAAGAAGGAAGGUGAAGAAAGUAGUUCUGGUGACUCUGACAGUGAUAGUGACAGUGAAAGUAGUAGUGAUAAUAGCAGUGAAUCUGGUUCAGAAAAUUUUUUUCUGAAAUGGAUUGCUAAUGAACAAUAUAGAGAAAAGUAUGCAGCAUAUGUAAAGAGUUUGCCUGAAGAAGAAAGAAUAAAAUUAGAAAGUGAAAAUAAAAAGGGUGGUAAGAAAAAGAUUGUUAAUGAAAAUACAUCAUCAGAAAAUGAUGAUAAAAAGACAACUACAAAUGAGGAAGAGGAAGAUGUCCAAAAUAGACCGAAAAAACCUCUAUCUGCAAUGUUUUACUUUCAACAAGAAAAACUAGAUUCAUUCCGUGAGAAGAAUCCUGACAUUUCAAAACAAGAAGUAAUGAGACUUCUAGCUAGAGAAUACAGUGAGCUACCUGAAAAGAAAAAGGAAAAAUAUAAAAAGUUAGCUGAAGCAGCUAAGAAACAAAGUAAUGAAGAAUCAAAGAGUAAAGAUGAAGUUCAUGAAACAGGAAGUCGAAAACCUCAGUUAUUUAAGGGAGAGCCAAAGAAGCCUCCACAGAGUGGAUACAGCUUAUUUACAACAGAAAUGCUAGGUGCUGUUACUGAUGUUGAUGCUAAGAAUAGAAUGGCUGUGACAGCACAGAAAUGGAAUGCUUUAUCUCAGAGUGAGAAAGAUAAAUAUCGAAAGAAAAGUCAAGAAAUGAUGAAAAAAUAUAAUAAAGAUAUUGAGAAGUUUAUAGCUGGUUUAUCAGAAGCUGAACGAGAGGAAUAUUAUAGACUUAAAAGUAGAACGAAGGGUUCUAGGUCUGCUGCAAAAGCUGCAAAAGAUCAAGCAGCUACAAAACAAGGACAAACCAAGCCAAAUAAGAAAGAAACCGAGUCUGAAAGUUCAGAUGAUUCAUCUGGUGACGACGAUGACGAAGAAGAAGGCUCAGAAAAAUCUGGAGAGGAUGAAGAAUCCGGUUCAGGAUCAGAUGAUUCUGGAAGUGAUUCAGAUGAUGACGAUGAUGAUAAUGAGGAUUCAGAUGAAGAGAAGAAGGAAGGUGAAGAAAGUAGUUCUGGUGACUCUGACAGUGAUAGUGACAGUGAAAGUAGUAGUGAUAAUAGCAGUGAAUCUGGUUCAGAAAGUGAAAACUGAACUAGAAUUGAAGCUGUAUUUAAAAAUGGCAUGCUCACUCCACUGAAGAAUUGGUAAAAAUUU